CCCACGAGGAACGGAUACGUCAGCGUCGAUUGUCCAUACAACGGACGUGCGGCUCGGCGCUGAAGCCUCCAUCAAGCUUUAGCAUUGAUAAGCGUAUAAAGGCCCCACUGCCAGAUUAAUUCGCGGAUUUAUUUAUAUUUAUCAUGGCGACCCGUCGCAUCUUCUCCAGUCUUUUGCUGUUUUUUUGACCGCCGACGCCGGACAUCACCACCCACAAUGGCCAAGAAAGCACCCUCAAUCCCCGGCUUCGUCGCCGUCUCGGACCAGAUCCUUGUCCAAGAAACACAGAACGAUGCUGAGCGGCCCGCAGACCAUCCGGAUGCUAUCCUCAUCUUCGGAUGGGGAGAUUGCUUGCCCAAGCACGUCGCUAAAUACGCCGACGGCUACGCAGAGCUGUUCCCCCACUCAACACAGGUUGUCAUCCUGGCGCCCAUCUCCAAGGCCUUCUUCACCGACCUGCAACAGCGCUCCGACAGCAUGAUGCCCGUCCUGAAGGUUCUCGACUCGCUCAAGGCUUCAACCGGCAGGACGCCCACCGUUUUGGCCCACGCCAUGUCCAACACCGGCGGCACCAACUACGCAUCUACCCUCAAUGCGUUUAAGCAAACGUACGAAGAGCCGCUCCCCCACCAGCUCCUGGUUCUGGACUCGACACCGGGAAGUCCCUAUAUGAACUGGGAGAACCUGAAGCGGUGGUCCAAGGCCAUGACUCUGGGCACCGCUGCGUAUUUCCCCUGGCCAUUUGCCGUAACGCAGUCCAUCUGGGGCCUCGUCCUGUGCCUGAACAUUGCCUUUGGAUGGGCAACAGGUAGGGAAGCGCCGGCGGUGUUCAGCAUCAGGGCAAUUGACGACGAAACGUUCGAGACCAAGGACGCCAGGCGGCUGUUCCUCUACAGCAAGGAGGACGACUUGAUCUUCUGGCACGACAUCGAGGCCUACCGUGCUGUGGCAACGCAGAAGGGCUACCAGACUGACGCCGAGAUGUUUGAGGGCACCGGCCAUGUUGGCCACAUGCGCGUGUUCCCGGAAAAGUAUUGGAAAGCUAUCCAAGAUUCAUGGGGCCGCGCCAUCGCAGCAGAGAAGAAGCCGUGAGCAUAAUGAUAAAUUAGAUUUGAUGACAUUUAGCGAUGGAAAAGCCCGGUAUUACGAGAUAUCUUAGACUCAUUUACUAUAUAUGGGAUAGUUUGAAGCAGCGCAACAUAUAUAGAGAACAUACGGCAAUUGACACACAGCCCUUACCACA